CGGCCCGCCCGAUCUACACUUUCGGAUAACAUUAGAGAAGGCCCCUCGCUCCGGAAACCGAAAGGGAACUCAAACGAGAGAGAGGGGGAGGGAGAGAGAGAGAAGGGAAGAUGAGAGAAGAGGAGCUGCUGCGGUGCCAAAUUCAGGAAUGGUACCCCAUCUUCAAACCUUAUUCGAUCCGCACCCUCUUCCACCCCCUCCCCGACUCCUUCCUCCGUUACCUCCUCGGCCUCCCCCUCAACCCUUCUUCCCCUGAUGGCGACGCUGACGGUGACGACGAUGCCCCGCCCCCUUUUCUCCUUCCCGUCUCCGCCUCCGGCCGCGAUCCCCUCCCCCGCGCCACCGCUCACAUCGACCCCGUCUCCCUCCUCGAUUUUGAUACUUCCUUCUCUUCCUCCGACGACGAGGAUGCGGGUGAGGCCUCCAGCACCACCGCUCCGUCAUUCCCGGAGCUGGAGGCGGCGGUGGAGCGGUCGAUCGCGGCCCUGGGUGGGGCCGCCUUCCCCAAGCUGAACUGGAGCGCCCCCAAGGACGCUGCCUGGAUUUCCGCCGAUGGCACCCUCCGCUGCACCUCCUUCGUGGACGUCGCCCUCCUCCUCCGCUCCUCCGACGCCAUCGCCCACGACCUCUCCCACGCCCUACCUUCCUGCCGCGACAACGAGCGAUCCUCCACGACAACCUUCUACCUGGCCCUCCGCAAGUGGUACCCGUCUCUCCGCCCGGAGAUGGAGUUCCGGUGCUUCGCCCGCCACCGCCGCCUCGUCGGCAUCUCCCAGCGCGAGGUCACCGGCUUCUAUCCGGUGCUCCUCGAUCGCCACCACGAGAUCCAGCCCCUCAUCGAGGUCUUCUUCGCCGAGGUCGUGAAGCCGAGAUUCGGAUCGGAGGACUACACGUUCGACGUCUACGUGACCGGAGACGGGCGGGUGAAGCUACUGGACUUCAAUCCCUGGGGGGCCUUCACGUUGCCGCUUCUCUUCAGCUGGGAGGAGUUAGAGGGCGAGGGUUUUGGAGGGGAGGAAGGCCGGGCGGUGGAGUUUAGGAUCGUGGAGAGCCAGUGCGGGCUGAGACCGGGGCUGAAGACGGCCGUGCCCUUCGAUUACUUGGAUACAGCGGAGAGCAGUGGCUGGGAUCAGUUCUUGAAGAAGGCGGAUGAGGAGCUCAGGAGGCAGAUCCAGACCACUCCCGCCCCUGAUGCUGACUGAAUGCCUGCUUGUAGAAGAAAAGGACUCCUCAUCCUCUUUGAUCUAAGAUACGCUGCUAUCCUCCUUAUCUAUCUAACUUUGAGUUCCAUCUUUAUAUAAGUAUAUGAAGGAGGGAAUGGAAUUCUUGCAGAUCCCACUUCUUACCACCUCUCAAUCAACAAGAAUGACAGUACCUCAUGUGGAUGAGAGUGUCUCCCACAUAUCUCCAUAUCAUGAUUAGACAAAAGAAAUAAAUUCAAUGUAAGCCCUUGCACCUUUGCUCCUUUAUGCAAGUAGUGGUGCUCAAGAUCUAUAUGCAUCUCUUCACACAUUGAAGAUGGUUUCCUUGUAAAAGCAUUCACCAACUGAGACACAAAUUUCCCCUACUUCAAAGGUUCCUCCUUGUCUCCUCCUACCUUCUCUUUUCCAAUUUUAUCUACUCUUCUUCCACCAUUUCUGGGUAAGCUGGGAUCAAGUGAAUUAGUCAAGUUCCAAAAGCAAGGUAAUUUGACCUCCCAAGUACCAUACAAACGCACCCCUUCAGCCAUUGCCUUCCCUUUCUGCCUUUCUAGCAUUAAACCAUAUGGCAUUCAUGUACUGAGUGCUUUAGGAAACCCAGAGAAAUUGACACCAUAGUUGAGAGAGCUCACUUGCACUACAGGUUUCAUGGUAUCUUCUUACUGAAUCAUCGAGACCGAAUAGUCUAGAGAGUAUCUGAGGUUAGUCUUUUGUUUGUUCUUAUUUCUCCUUGUGAUUCUCAUGAAGUAAUCCAAACAAGCUUGAAUUUUAAGUUUAUAGGAUGUUGUUGAUAUCUGUCAUAUUCAAUUCUUAUUG